AUGGCGCUGCGCUUCUCCGCCAACCUCUCAUGGCUCUUCCCGGAGCUCCCGGCGCUGCCGGCGCGGCUGGAAGCGGCGGCGGCCGCCGGGUUCGGAGCGGUGGAGGCGGCUUGGCCGGCUGGCUGCCCGGCCCAGGAGCUGCGGGCCGCGGCGGAGCGGGCGCGGGUGCGCAUCGCGCUCCUCAACACCCCCCCCGGGGACCAGGAGGCGGGCGAGCUGGGGCUGGCGGCCGUGCCCGGGCGGCAGGCAGCCUUCCGGCAGGGCCUGGAGGCGGCCGUGCACUACGCCAGGGCCGUGGGCUGCCCCAGGAUUCAUGUGAUGGCUGGGCGGGUUCCCUUGGGCACAGACCGGGCUGCAGUGGCAGGUGAGAUGGAAACCACCUUCAUUGAGAAUCUCAGAUACACUGCUGACCUCCUGUCCCAGGAAGACAUGAUUGGACUGUUGGAGCCUAUUAACAACCGCAUCACUGACCCUCGCUACUAUCUGAACACCCCACACCAAGCUGCUGCCAUCCUGGAGAAAGUGGGACGGCCCAACCUGAAGCUGCAGCUGGACCUUUUUCACUGCCAGAUCAUGGAUGGCAAUUUGUCACGCAACCUGGAGACAUACUUCCCGCUCAUCGGUCAUAUCCAGAUUGCACAGGUACCAGGGCGGCACGAGCCCGACAGCCCUGGGGAGUUGAACUUCCCCUACAUCUUCGAGCUCCUGGAGUCCCUCGGCUACGCUGGCUACGUGGGGUGCGAGUAUGCUCCGAAGGGAGACACCCUGGAAGGUCUGGGCUGGCUGCGAUCCUACUGGGAAAGCCGAGGGCUGCAGCAUGGUGGGACCAGCAUGGCAGCCAAGUAAAACUAGAAAACCAUGAGAAUAAAAGACAAAGUAAUGGCUUAAAA